GAUCUAUUAUCAUGGAGAACCCAUCAACGUUAACGUCCACGUGACCAACAACACCAACAAGAUGGUCAAGAAAAUUAAAAUCUCAGUUCGCCAGUAUGCGGACAUCUGCCUGUUCAACACUGCCCAGUAUAAGUGCCCGGUCGCCGUGGAGGAAACUGACGAUAUGGUGGCCCCCAGCUCCACCUUCUGCAAAGUCUACACCCUGACGCCUUUCCUGGCCAACAACCGGGAAAAACGUGGACUGGCUCUGGACGGAAAGCUGAAACACGAAGACACCAAUUUGGCUUCCAGCACCCUGUUGAGAGAAGGCGCCAACAAGGAAGUUCUGGGCAUUAUCGUCUCCUACAAAGUGAAAGCCAAGCUGGUGGUCUCGCGAGGAGGCGAUGUGGCUGUGGAGCUGCCGUUCACCCUGAUGCAUCCCAAGCCCAAGGAAGAGUUGUUGUACCGAGAAGUGCCCGAAAAUGAGGCUCCCAUCGACACAAAUCUCAUAGAACUCGACACGAA